AUGGGCAACGAGCCGUCCUCCAUGGAUCGCUCGUCAACCACAAAUGGGCCUUCCGCAUAUGCGCAGAGGCCUGGGUACCCGCAAGCACGAUCAAGCCGCCGUGACGACUAUGCGCAAAGCCAUCAGUCCCGCAAAGAUGAUUACGUCUCGAACCGUCAGGCAAUUCGACCGGAAGAAUACAUCUCCCAGCUCCAAGACAAGGUCCGUCGUCUUGAAGACGCUGUCCGUCAGCAGGAGGGCGUUAUCACGGAUCUAGAACGGCAUGUCUCCGACCAAAAAGAGCAGUACCUCACCGAUGUCAAGGAGCGAGAAGCUGAGCUCCGAGAAUUACAGAGCACUGCGUUCAAAGACAUUCAACCGACCAGAUGGGAACCUUUUGAGGAUAGCCAGGUCAACCAGAGAUUGUCGGAUUUCCAGGCCGAUAUCCAGCAGAUUGCCAAAACAUACAGCAUUGAUCAUGUAGCCGCUUACAAGCUAUCUAACGAUCAGUUACAGGCUCUCGAUGGCGAGCUUAACGAAGCGGGCGUGGCAGAUGUGACUGGAAAGGCUGUCAUGCUCAGCUUGCUCGAACCGCAGUUUGGACCUCGAAUUUGUGUGACAGCUUUGCUAUCGGCUGCAGUGCAUCGGUUAGUAUUGACAAAUCCGUUCUUCUUCAUGGCGGAUGGUAUGGAUGGUGAUUUCGAUUCACUCCCGGAAAACUUUCGCCACCUAGAGCAACGACCUGAUCCGGCGGACGCUCUAGAGCAGUAUCUACAUCGUAUAGCCAAAGUGGAUGCUAGGUCUGCAAAUGUCUGGAGAUCCGAUACAUUACGACUUCUCAUGCCAGAAGAGCACGACACCAGUGCCCCUGCCGAGGGACUCAGGCAGGAGAUGCGUAUCGGCUGCCGAGACCAGUGUCUGCGUGCUGCACGCUCGUUCGAGGAGGGGCCAGUAGCAGUGUUGUUGAACAUAAAGUCUAUGGAGACUGCGACCAAAGAUGGGUUUCGCAAGACGUUGACCCAACUCUUCGAGGACGCUGGUCGUAUGGCAAUGCGAUUGUGGACGCAGCGAACGGCGAUCAGAUGCUCGUAUCUGCCCGACCUGCGUAAAGAGCCAUUCGCUGUGGACUCGACUCUUAUGCAGGCGCACAAUUUGCAUAAGCUUGAUGAUCCAAAGGAUCACAGACUGGACGGCAAGCGCAUCAAAUUAGUGGUGCAUCCAGCCGUGCUUCGCUACGGCACGCAUGAUGGUGAGGAUUAUGAGCGUUCGCAGGUGUGGGCCAAAGCAAUUGUAUGGCUUGACGUGUGA